UCUUUGGGUUUACGCGGGUGCGGAGGGUACCCGCUGGGUGAGAGCGCGGUUAAGGUCGGGGGGUGCUGGGGUCUCUGCUUGACUUGGGGAAGACUCAGUACGCUGAGCCUUCAGAGUUCUCUACACUCUCCCAAGAGGCACAAAAUGAACAGAUGUCAGGCAUCAGUGUCAUUCAAGGACGUGGCUGUGGAGUUCACCCAGGAGGAGUGGCAGCACCUGGGCCCUGCUCAGAGGACCCUGUACAGAGAUGUGAUGCUGGAGAGCUACAGCCACCUCGUCUCAGUGGAAAACUGUCAAAUUGAUAAUGUCUCAGAGAAGAGCCAGGAAAUUCAAGACAAACAUCUGUGGCAUCUCUUAUUCACUGAACUUCAGAGAACUGACACAGGAGGGAAAAGUUUCAAACAGAAGUCACAUUUUAGGAAAAAACAGAGAAGUUAUUUAGGGGUGAAAUCUUUGGAAUUUGGGCAAAACUUCUGCCCUGAUUUAUCUCACAGAACUGAGACAUCUUGUGAUUAUGACAUAUGUAGGAAAACUGGCUAUAAAUUAGCCUUCAAUGUACAUAAUAGUACUCAUGUAAGAGUGAAACCUUAUGAAUGUAGUGAAUGUGGAAAAUGCUUCUGUAAGAAGUCACAACUCAUUCUGCAUCAGAGAAUUCAUACAGGGGAGAAGCCUUAUGAAUGUAAUGAAUGUGGGAAGGCCUUUGCCCAGAAUUCAACCCUCAGAAGACAUCAGACAAUUCACUCAGGGGAGAAACCCUAUAAAUGUAAUGAAUGUGGAAAAGCAUUCAGACAGAAGAUGGGCCUAAGAAUACACCAGAGAACUCACACAGGGGAGAAACCCUAUCACUGUAUUGAAUGUGGAAAAGCUUUCCGUCAGAAGUCAAGCCUAGAAAUUCAUGAGAGAAGUCACACAGGAGAAAAGCCUUAUGAAUGUAAUGCAUGUGAGAGAGCUUUCACCACAAAGGCAAGUCUACGAGUACAUCAGAGACUACACACUGGGGAGAAACCCUAUGACUGUAAAGAAUGUGGGAAGGCUUUUAGCAAGAAGUCUGGCCUAAGAUCACAUCAGAGAACUCACAUUAGGGAGAAACCCUAUGAAUGUAAUGAAUGUGGGAGAACUUUUGCUUACAAAUCAACCCUCAGAGGACAUCGGGGAACUCAUAAAGGGGAGAAAUCCCAUAAAUGUGAUGUAAUUGGGGAACCUUUCAGUCAAAAAUCAAACCUAAAAAAAAAGAGGUGCCGCACCCUAAUCAAGAUGGCGAAGUGAGACACUUCAGCUCUCUGUUCCCCCACAGAAGUCCUAAGCAACGAGGAAGACAUGAUUAUGGUAGCAGCCAAGCACCAAAUCAAGAAAAAGGCUACUUAAAAGCAAUAGGAUCUCAUGGCACCAUGACUGGUCCCUGCUUCAUCCCCUCACCAGCUCAACAAGGAGCUGGCCUGUGGUCCCAGUGUGGAUCGCUGGUCCUGGUUUCUGAGGAAGCAGAGCAACCUUCAUGCACAUACUGGGAGCAUGUAUGUCCUGCCCAAGCUAUCUGGUGGUGGCCUGAGGGACCUGUAGUCCCAGAACUUGCCCUGUGUGUAGAAGGCAGCUCACUGAGCUCUCUUACAGAAAGCUGUGGAAGGGCAGUCAAGUCAUACUGCCUGGGACAAGGGAUUGCUUUCUGUUAAGACACAGUGCAGUGCCUGGGACUAUGAGAAAAGUGUUUCCUAGGGAAGAGGUGACAUUUGUUUCCAUGAAAACAAGGGAAUUACUAGGGUCACACACACAUACAUGCCCAAGACAAGAGGCAUGCCCCAUGUGCAGAAAGGAUCAGAAAGGUCCCUAUAACUUUGGCCUGGAGCUGUUUUCCAAACUCAUGGAGAGGCCCUGAAGGAGAGCACUUGCACAGGUCAAUCUUCAAAGACUAGGGAAGGUGUUUUAUUUUGUUCCUCCUCCUCUUCCUUGUGUUUGCUCCUCUUCCUCCUCCUCUGCCCCCUCCUUCUCC